CAUUUGUACCAAAUGUGCUGAGGUGCUGUUCGGCGCAACAAUCGUGGAACAGUGUUUCGUUUUCAUGGAAUCAUGUACCAGAAGCGGAUAUUAAGGGUUUCCCGCGAAAAAACUCUAUGUUAGGACUAAAAUUUUUCAGGUUCAUAUAUCAUCAUUUCGUAAAACACAACCUUACUUUUCGCAUCAUUGUUUUUGCCUUACCAACAUCCUCCUCGCGCCUCAGAGUCUUUCUUCUUUCCAAUUUUAUCAACCCCUUUCAUUCAAGAACACACUUUUUUAUUUUUCAAAUCUCAAUUAUCUGCAUGUGUGUUCUUUCAUUCCAUUCUUCCACAAUGCCUAGAUGCAGAUUCAGUCGUCUUUACGAUUCCUUUUUAAGUUGUUAUUCAGUUAAAAUAAACAUGGCUGCUUCCAAUAAUACUUAGAGGAUGAGAUGGUUCGCUCAACAAGGAAGGCCAGGUGUUUGAUGUAAAGGCAAAACGCAAUGGAAGUUGAAAAAAGGUUUGUUUUGGUUGGUAUUAGAAUUGAUGGCCAUAGUAGACAGCUUCUCGACUGGGCACUCGUCAAGGUUGCUGAACCAGGGGAUUCUGUUGUAGCAGUUCAUGUUGUUAAAAAUCCAGAUCAUGUUUGGAAAAGCAAUACUCUGAUAGAUGACUAUUUAGAAGUUUAUGAAGGGCUAUGUGAUGUUAAGAAGUUAGAUCUCACUGGUCAAAUCUUCUGUGGAUGCUCCGUCCGAAACAUUCUAGUUAGAGAAGCAAAAAAGCAUGAUGCUCUGGCUCUAGUGGUAGGGGGUCGAGCUGGCUUAGCUAAAUAUUGCGCCAAACGAGUACCAGCCACCACCAAUGUUCUAGCCAUCCAAGGCUCAAGGAUUGUAUAUAGGAGUUGCACCGACGAACAACAACCAGGUACUCUUAUAAAGGACCCAAGGCCUAGCUUAAGAACCAUAGGAAAAAACUCAAGUGACAGAUUAAACCAGUCUACAUUUGGUGACUCCACCCUGGAGAUUGAGAAACCAGCAACCAAAAAUUCCUUAGAUUUGAAGGAAGAAAUAUUUAAAGGAUUAGCAAAAUGUAAGACAAGGUCAAUAUCCAUGUGUGCUGGUGAUUCGGCUAAGCAGAAGCUUGGGUGGCCUCUACUCCGAGGAGCCAAUUCAGGAACCUCACAAACCCAUCAUGCAAGGGACAUGUCAGUAGUACAAUGGGUAAUGACUUUACCGGAUCGUUCUCCAUCUAAAAGUCCCUGGUCUUCUUCCUCUGAGGAUAAUCCAUUUGAAAGGAGCAUCAGCGAUAUUGAUGAUGAGAGCUCCAAAUUUUCUUCAGCUCCAUCUGUUGAGCUACCAAAUGGCCUAGAGGAAAUGCAACGAGUAAAUUCAAUCGACUGCAAGUGGUUCAGCCUUGAACUUCUGCAGUCUUGCACUAGACAAUUUUCUUCAGAAAACUUGGUUGGGAAAGGAGGGAGCAAUUGUGUGUACAAGGGAGUCCUCCCUGAUGGAAAGCCAGUGGCAGUUAAAGUAUUGCAGACAUCAAAAGAAGCCUGGAAAGAGUUUGCCCUUGAGAUGGAAAUAACAUCCUCAUCGAGGCACAAAAACAUUGCCCCUCUACUUGGGAUUUGUACAGAGAACAAUACUUUAAUCUCCGUUUAUGAUUAUUUGCCCCAGGGCACCUUAGAGGAAAAUCUGCAUGGAAAGAGCAAAUUGUCAUGGGAGGUGAGAUUUAAUGUGGCAGUUGGGAUAGCUGAAGCCCUGGAUUACCUACACAGGGAAGCUUUGAAGCCUGUUAUACACAGAGAUGUCAAGUCUUCUAACAUUCUUCUUUCCCUGGGGUUUGAGCCUCAGUUAUCUGAUUUCGGACUUGCAGUAUGGGGACCAACAAAUUCAUCCUUUUUGACACAAGAUGUAGUAGGAACAUUUGGUUAUCUUGCUCCUGAAUACUUCAUGUAUGGAAAUGUCAGCGACAAGAUAGAUGUUUAUGCAUUUGGUGUAGUUCUACUUGAACUAAUAUCAGGAAGGGAACCAAUCAGCUCAGAAGCUUGCAAAGGACAGGAGAGCUUGGUCGUGUGGGCAAAACCAAUGAUAGAUAGUGGGGAUAUUAAAGGCUUAUUGGACCCAGAUUUAGAAGGGAAAUUUGAUGAGGUCCAAUUGCAAAGAAUGGUUAUGGCAGCAUCUUUAUGCAUCCAACGGGCUGCUCGACUUCGUCCUAAACUGAACCAGAUACUGAAGAUCCUAAAAGGAGAUGAGAAAGUUGAAUAUUUGCUGAACUCCCUUGGGAACAACGAGGAUGAUUUAGAAAAUGGAGAAAACAUUGAUGAUGAAGUGUAUCCAAGUUCAAGUGCUGAGUUACACCUGAGUCUUGCUUUACUUGGUGUGGACGAUGACAAAGCAUCACAAACUAGCACUGAGCUCAGCUAUAGUGAGCACUUGAAAGAAUGGAGCAGGUCAUCAAGUUUCAAUUAGUUUUGUUGAAUCCUAAGUUCCUAACCCUUGUAUUUGUCCUUAGUUUGUGCAUGUACAGUUACGUUAAAAAAACAAAGAAAGAAGACAGAGAUUCAGCACCCUUGAUGAGGUGGUUUGUAGAUGUAGAAUGGCAAUUUUGUUUUUAAUUUAUCCUGAGAAUAAUGUACUAAAUUUUGGUUUUAUGAAUGCAUCUUAGGCAAUGGUUGAAUGCAUACCUUAAUCAUA